UUGUCCUAGUUUGUGUGUGAGGCGUUGAGUCGAAGACUUCUAUUCGGUUAUUGAAGACCACAGUGAACUUGUUUAAGAGAAAUUCACAAGUAUUCCAUGUAACUUAACUUUAUAGUCUUUAAAUCCUCAAACCCAUUCUUAGUGGAAUGAGCACAAGUUCAUCCGUCGUACAACUGGGUGCCGUUUCGUCCAUGUCAGGCCCACAUUCAAUCUUGGAGAUUGGUGAAAGAAAAGAAAAUAAACACACACCUUCAGAACAUGAUACAUCAAUACAGCAAGAAGGCUCUUCUCUCAUGGAGAACAAUCAUAUCAAGGAAUCUGCCAGCAGUUCAACUCCUGUGAACAAGCCUAAUCAAUCAUCUGAUCCAAACGAUUGUGUUCCUGAGGAUGAUGAACUCGGUUCUGAAGAUGUUGCUGCAGGCAUUAGUAAUAAGGAUAAGAGACCACCUCCUCUUGAGAUGGCCCAAGAUCCUAGCCUCGCAGCAGGGGAUGGUCCUAAAACUCCCCUAUCUCCAAGAGCUAGAUCUGCUGGUACAUUAAAAACAGAUCGAGAAAAGAAACUUGGCCAUCGGAGAGUAGGAGAGGGUGGUGAAGUCACCUACAAAAAAAUACACACUUCACAAAUUAUGGGCUCCAUCCAAUUGGGUAUCAGUCAUGCAGUUGGAGGCCUGGCAUCGAAACCUGAAAGAGAUCUCUUGAUGCAAGAUUUCAUGACCAUUGAAACAACAAACUUUUAUUCCCAAGGAUCACAACUGACUCCAGCACAUCAUUACUCAGAUUUUCGUUUCAAGUCAUUCGCUCCCAUCGCCUUCCGAUAUUUUCGUGAUCUCUUCGGUAUUCAGCCCGAUGACUUUCUGUUAUCGCUCUGUAACGAGCCGUUAAGAGAAUUGACUAAUCCGGGAGCUAGUGGAUCUAUUUUCUAUCUGUCCGCCGACGAUGAGUUUAUCAUAAAAACUGUACAACAUAAAGAAGGAGAAUUUCUUAUGAAACUUCUACUUGGUUACUACAUGAACCUCAAUCAGAAUCCUCGGACGCUACUGCCAAAAUUUUUCGGUUUAUAUUGCUACAUAUGUAACUCGAAAAACGUGCGGAUGGUAGUAAUGAACAAUUUACUACCGUCUUCCAUUAAACUACAUGAAAAAUACGAUCUCAAGGGUUCUACCUACAAGAGAAAAGCCUCGAAAUCGGAAAGAAGUAAAACAGUUCCAACUUAUAAGGAUUUGGAUUUUCUGGAAUUGCAUCCCGACGGAAUUAUGUUAGAAGCAGAUACAUACACCGCACUGAUUAAGACCAUUCAACGAGACUGUCGUGUUCUGGAAAGCUUUAAAAUUAUGGACUACAGUCUUUUGGUUGCAAUUCACAAUCUGGAUCUGGCGGCUAAAGAAGAAGCCGAGCGCCGUCGCAACAAUUCAAUUGGCGAGGAAGACAGUGGAGAAGAGAAUGGAGCUGUGGCUGGGACAUCCUCUGGAGCGACGGCUCAUCCACCACCUCUAGUUCGCAGCCGUUCCAUCAAUCGUCAAAAAUUGGUGGCUCAUUCCACUGCUUUAGAAAGUAUCCAGGCAGAAAGUGAACCCAUUGAUGAGGAAGAUGAUGUUCCACCCGGAGGCAUCCCAGCUCGUAACGCCAAAGGUGAAAGGCUUCUCGUAUUUCUAGGUAUUAUCGAUAUUUUGCAGAGCUAUCGACUGAAGAAAAAGCUUGAACAUACACUCAAGGCUAUGAUUCAUGACGGGGACACAGUUUCAGUUCACCGUCCUGGCUUUUAUUCGCAGCGUUUUCAAAACUUCAUGGCCAAACAGGUCUUCAGAAAGGUGCCCUCGCUGGAUUUGCCAGAAUUUAAAGGCAAACAUCGUAAAUUCCGCAACUUGGUAUCCAGCUACUUAGCUUUGAAACACUCACCUUCUAAGAAGAAACUGACAGCUCGGACACGAGCAACCUCCGUCACGGAUAGUGCAGCUCCGGCGAAUUACGACCAGCUCGCCAUCAGCCAGGAAUCAGCGUCGGAUACUGGUUCAGCUUUGCCACAUCCGACAGGAGCGAAUUCAUUGUCAGGACCAGCACCUGCAGUUACGUUCAACAAUUCAGUGGGCGGAUCCGGUGGUUCCAGCGCUGCCGGGAAUAGUGUCGGGGGUGGCGUUGGCGCUGGCGGAAGUUCCAGUACGCCCGUCAAUUUGCCAGCUGUCCUUAAAGAUCGUGUGCCAAGCAACUUGAGGUCGGGUUCGGGGGCCGGAGCAGGCUCCAGGGGUCCACCUCCACCUGUUCCUCCGCGCUCGCCUAAGCGAGUUAACAUUGCCGUGCCAACGUCUCAAGGAGGGGUGUCGGCUGGUCCGACUAAAGUGUCUUUUCGACCACGAGCCAGCAACGAAGAUGGAGAAUCUCGAAGCCUCCCUUCAUCUUCUUCUUCGUCAUCGACUCCCCCUCCCGCCUUUGAGGAAGUUCUUCGUUCCGGGCCGGUGGAAAGAUCCCGAGAUCAGCCAUCCAUCGUUCAGGGACGAACCGGCAGCAAAUCUGUUAGUGCUCCAGCGAAGAGGAGCACCGAGACAACUGUCACUAGAACUUGGAAUUCCCACGCCGAAGCCAUCAGGAAUCCGCAAGGUGAACGUUCCGGAAAAGAAAUCGAAACUUCGAUUAUCAGUCAUACCCAAGAGCUUGUUUGUUUGACAAGUCAUCAUGUCUUCAGCAUGUCGGAAGUCCAGCUGGAGGUACGGUCGAAUAGCAAAGCGUCAUCGCUGGGAAGCGCGGAAAUACUACGAAUGGCCAGCGGUGUCAUUUCCGGAGGCCACACACCAACUCCGACAUGGACCGAAGGAACGCCUUCGUUCACUGAAUCGUCUUCCUCGGGUGAACUAGGGUUUUCAGGAUCGCCGAAAAUGAACCAAGCGUCUAGCAGCUCUGUCCGCUCCCGCGCGAGAGUCGUCCGCGAAGAAACAUCCUCGGAGUUUCAUCAGGAUCAUGAAAUGGUGAGUUCCGCUCGCAUUCCGUGAACGCUUUUCCGCCGGCAAAAUAAAAACGGACCAGCAUCAGAACGAGCUAAAAAAAACAACGAACCUUAAAGAGAGACUACACGUUCCGAUCAAACGGAUCGUCCUUGCGAAUUUCAAUACGUCUUCCUGGACCACAAAACCCUUUUUCUUUUAAAAUUUUUAAAGCCUAAUUUUCAAUCUUGGCCUGCAACCUCAUAUAUAUCACAAGCCUCCUUUUUGCUUGCUACUGCUACUGUUCCUCUAAUAGUUUAUGGCAUUCGGACGAGAGAAAACAAUUUCCUCGACCCUCCCUUCGUUAGUUAUUUGCAUAUCGAUGGAUAUCUUCUUGCCCCUCGCGUCAAGUCGCUAAGAAAAGAUCCUUCCACUCUAGAGAAUGGUUGUCCCCCGCAGUUCUCAAUGUUGCUACUAAAAAAACGUUGAGUGUUGAUUUCGGACUUUGUACAUUGAACCGUUUACAGACGCACCUCUAGACAGCUGAGACUUUUGUCGACGACUCUUGACGCCGGGAAAUGGAUGGCGUGUGCUGAUGAAGAGAAUUUACGAAAAAAAAAAGCAUUUGAUAAAUGGUGGUCUUUGUGUAUGUUUGCCUUCUAUUUGCUUCGUCUCUUUACGUACUAUUUGCUGUCACUGUUAUCACUACGUCUUAUUUUUCGGUGGGUUUUCUCCUUCCCCCUGUCUUUUGUGUGUGUUUCUCUCUGUUUUUUAUGUUACAAAGAAAAAAGGAGAUGAAGAAGAAAGUGAGAUCCACUCGACGCGGUUCUUUGUGGAAAUUCAACGUGAACACUGCCCCUAUCACAUGUGAUCAGUGGUUUGUAUAUCCAGAGUUGUUAUUUCCACCUAUGAAAGAUAGUUGUGAUUCUCUCACUGGUUUUGGUUCCUUAUUAUUAAUUUUUUUGGGCUGAUAUGACGAUCGUCGAUGUUCUGAAUGGCCACACAUUUGGUUUCUACUUUGAAGGGGGAAAACAAAGUCGUCGUAUCCUACUAUCUCUCGUUCUCUGGUUAAAUAAUUGUGAAUUUUUCAUUCAUUCGGUGGACUGGUUGCCUGUGGGCUUAUUACGAUUCCAUAUCGGGAGUCUUUUUUUUUUUUUCAUCUUUUCAUUCUUUAUUCCUUUGUCUUUUCCGUCUUGACCUAUCAAAUCAUGGGUUUUGAUAGAUUCUGCGUUUGCCCCCCUUUUUUUUUGGUCUUUUUUUUUUUCUUCUACGUGUGAUGUCAGUGGAUAUAUCUUCUCUGAAAUCCCGUUUUAACAAAGCAAUAACCGCCAGAGAGUGUUGGAUCUGCUUUCCUGUACAUUGAUUGAUACACCUUAUCUAGCUCCCGAUACCUAAAUAUCCUUUUACUGUAAAUGAAAUGCUUCAAGCAGAGCUUUUCAAUUUGUCUAAAAUCUCAGCGUGUCGGUCAUGACGGUGCGUACUAUGUAGUUAUACACUUUCUCUUCCAAACCUCCCUCUGUGUCCUUUUCUCUCUUACUGUUAAACAUUAUCACAAUUAUCUCCCAGCUAUGUUUAGGAAAGACUUCCAUCUUAUUCAGAUUUUCCCUUCUUUCUUCGUUUUUCCCCGCAGUAUUUUUCAUAACCUACCAUUCUGAGUGUUGUAUAUUUCUUUCCUUCACUCUCUCUCUCUUUCUGUCCUUUCUGUGUUGACUAUUUUUUUUUUUUUCUUUUCUCCUUCCGAACCUGUGUUACAGCGCUGGCAAUGUUUCAUGGUUUCUUCUUUUUGUGCUUAGAUGGAGCCUAUCACUAAAUGUUUUAUCCGUACUUUCCCCUCUGUUGUUCUACAUAUAUAUUAACCGUCAAACCAUGAGUAGAUAAGAGAAGUGGAUUGAAGUUGAAGGAAACAUUACAAUAAAAAACUUGAAAAAAACAAACAUUCGUCUGUAAUUUUACUAGGAAGAAAUAUACGUUAUAUACGUUGUUCUGAAAUGAUUGCCACCUGAAGGGAAACUCCAUAUUGUUAUAGAAAAAACAAAUCAGUUUAGAUAGCGAAGAAAGUGGAAUAGAAGGUUAAUGCGGGUAAUUACUUAACACUGCUAAUUAAAUCGUUCUAUGUAGAUAUUUUCUUUGACGUUGUAUUUGUUUAAAGCAUAUUCCGGGGACGAUUUUUAUUUAUCAAAAGAAGGACAUUUCACAACUUUUUGUGCGACGCGAUAAAAUGAACCAGAACAUCGAAAACACGAGCAAAAAGAAAUACUUCUAUUUUUUAAAAA